UUGACGUCAUUAAUUAUACGUCACUGUUGUUAAAUUAAAUUUAUUAUAAAUUGCUUAUUGAUAGAUACAUACUUGUUGAUCAAUUAUCUAAAUAUUAACGCGGCUUCCAUCCAUGCAGUGAAGCAUAUUUUUAUGCUGAUAAUGAAUUUUUUAAAUAGUUUAUUAACAGUUUUAGAAUUGUUAUUUGUGUUCAGUAAUUUUAAACCUACUCAUGGAAGAGGGUUUCCUGAUGAGGGAUACUAUUCAAACAACGACUAUGACAACCAGGAAGCUAUAGACCCCAAAAUAAAGAUUGCUUUGGGAAAAUUGGAACAUGCACCACAAUGGGUGCCCGACUGGCCAGAUUCCUUUGUGAAAAUGGGCCAAGUGUCCGGAGUAGCUCUGGACAAUACUGGACAACUGCUGGUCUUCCAUAGAGCUGGCAACCAAUGGGAUGCGAGUACAUUCACACCACGUCAUGUGUACCAGCGAAUAGGUGACCCACCCAUACCAGACCCUACUAUCCUGGUGUUUAAUGAGACAGGAGAACUUGUUGAUAUGUGGGGACAGAAUCUAUUCUACAUGCCUCACGGUAUAACUGUGGAUCGUGUUGGCAAUGUUUGGGUGACAGAUGUGGCUUUGCAUCAAGUUUUUAAGUUCACACCGACCCAACGACAAAAGCCAGCCCUAACGUUAGGAGAAAAAUUCAUCCCUGGCAAUGACGACAAUCACUUCUGUAAACCGAGCGCGGUAGCUGUCCUCUCCACCGGAGACUUCUUCGUCGCGGAUGGGUACUGCAACCACAGGAUAAUCAAGUACUCGCCAGAUGGCACAAUCAUACUGCAGUGGGGCAAACGGUCGGGACGCGACCCGUUCACGCUGGACGUGCCGCAUGCGUUGGCGCUGGCCGAGGAUCGUGGGCAGGUGUGCGUGGCGGACCGCGAACGCGGCCGCGUGGCGUGCUUCCGCGCCGACAACGGCACCUACAGCGCCGGCUACCGUCACUGGCUCAUCGGCUCGCGCCUCUUCAGCGUCGCCUACUCACGCGCGCACGGUGGAAGAUUGUAUGUCGUAAACGGGCCGUACAGCAAUGUGCCAGUGAGAGGAUACGUCAUCGACUUCACAUCAGGCCGUUUGAUACAAACCUUCGCCCCAGAGGGGGGCUUCAGAAACCCCCAUGACAUUGUAGUCACCCCCGACGGAGUCUCCGCCUACGUAGCAGAGUUAGACCCCCACAGAGUGUGCAAGUUCGUGGACGAGGGCCUAAGAAACCAGAGUAAAUUAGAAAAAGUCACGACGCAAACGCCAGUGAAGCCCACAGCCACCAUUGUAACGGAGUCCGUGUCGCGUGCAGAGGUGAGGGGGCGCGGCGGCGCGGCGGCGUGGGCGUGGUGGGCGGGCGCGGGCUGGGCGGGCGCGGGCGCCGCCGCCGCCGCGCUGGCCGCGCUCGCCGUGCUGGCGCUGCUGCGCGCGCGCAACACCGGUCGCAAGGGUAUAACUCGGCGCCGCUGGGAGUACGGUCACGGCGAGUUCAAGCUACGAAGACUACUGGAGCGGCGGCGGUUCACCCGCGUCCACUCCGACGAUUCAGACGACGAGCCCGCGCCCAUGCUGCCCCCGCAACCACCAGCCAAUGCAUGAUGCCACGAAUGUCACAUGUGAAAACUUACGCCCACAUUCCUAUUGAGUUAUUAAAAACAAGUAUGUCAAGCAAGCAUUCCGUUUUGUAAAUGUCCGGUUUAUAACAAAAACAUCGUUUGCGCAUUAUCAACUCUAGUGAUAUCAAGAUUUUGUACACCAAUUUAUUCCACUGAUAUUUAACUCAACACAAAUGGAACACGGCAUGCAUAGUUCGACGGGAGAAAUAAACAAAACAGAGGUACGCAUCCUGCCUUUUUGUUAGUAUAGUCUCUCGCUAAAACAUAUCCUCGUUACAUAGAAACAUAUCCUUACGCCUUCUUCCUAAAAAGAAGUUACUAAUGGUGCUUAUAUUUCCAAGUCCCGGUGGUGAUUUUGUGCGACACUCCUGGAGCGGUCAGUACCGCCGUUUUGUCUAUCUCUGCCGAGUAGUAGCUAUGCGUGCAGUUGUUUUGGUUUCAAAACUAAAAUUAGGGUUGGCGACACAUGAGGCCUGCCUAAAUCGCAGUAUAUUUUGUGAUGUCUAUGUGAUACAUUUGAGUGAAGCAAAUCAAAAUCUAUGGAAAUUAACCUGUCGUUUUCUUUUGCGAAUUUACUCUAAAACAUCUUGUCCGUUCAUCACUAUACUUUUAUUGAAUAAAAUGUAAGCAAACUCUUUUGUGUAUCCGAGCC